AUGGAUUUCUGCUUCUUUCUUAUUGGUUUCAAAGAAUUCAACAAGCCGUUAAAGGAUGUCGGUAAUAUUAGUUGCUACUGUGGAAAUUGCCAUAAUCAGUCGGCAAAUGCUAUUAGAACCAUCAACUGCGUGACAUUAUUUUUUAUUCCAGUGUUACCAUUCUACUACUCAAAGAGGCUAAAAUGCACUAUUUGUAGUGCAUCGGGAGAUUUGGAUAAAGCUACCAUGGCAAAAAUGAAAGAGGGUCAGCCGGUUGCCAUCGGAUAG